AUGCAGGGUUGGCAGAUUGCCGCGCUCGUCAUCAUCGUCGUCGCCUUCGUGGCGCUGGCGGUGCCACUGGUCCUUUUCAUUUACCGGCUUGGCACCUGCCGACGCCUCCGCCUCUCGGGCAGAACGAAGACGAUCCCCUCACGCUACGUAGAGAGCAUCGUUCGCACCCAAGACGACAUCUCUGACGCUGGGGAUGCCUUUAGCCGACUGCACCGUGGUGACCCGCGCAUUCACCCCAGCACUCACCUGCUUUACUUUUUGGACUUUCAAGGGAAGCUGCAUUGGAUCGACUUCAGGAAGAAACCCGCAUCAGAGAUCGACACCGAGCCAGCAAUGCAGCAGUAUAUCUUCGAAACCUUUCAGCCGACAGUCGAAGAAAGCAACAGAAUGGUGUAUUUACCCCCUGAGACGUUAGCGCUGUCGUAUGUGAACGAGUAUCAGAGAGUAGUAGUAAUGGACCUGAACCGUCUGCUCGCCCGCGACGCCACGUUCGGUGCACGAAUGCUGCAUACUGCAGAGCGCCCGCUGCUGUUAUCGCGCCUUGUGGCAGACGACGCCAAUGGGGCCGUAUUCACGGCACUGAGUCGCUAUGGUUAUACUGUUGGGGAUGCUGCCGUAGUACCUGUCACUCAGUCAAGCAUGCAGUACCCGGCACUGGUCGCGCCGUCAUCACCGAAGCAGCACCAGCAGUGCAUUGAAGUAGACAUUAGUGAAUCUCGUGCGAAUCCCAUGUCCAUGGGUCCAGCCGUUUCAGCCCCUAUGUCCAGCACGCCCGUCCCUCCCCCGCAGCCCUCACUAUCGAACCUGAAGUCUGCGUAUGUGUUCGAUUCUUCCGGCAUGGCCCCUGCUCCAGUCAUUCACCCGUGUGACACUCACCACAUCACCGUCAGCACCCUCGUUUCGAUCACGGCGGCCUCAUACACGGUGCUAGAUGCCAACGGAACUCGCACGGAGCUCGACGCGACCAACACCGCGCUGAUCGAAAAGGCGCGGCUCCGGUGGGAUCGACGACAGAGGCUUGUAGUGCCACUUGUGUCGGGGGUGUUGGCGGGGCACCAGUGCGUCAUCGAUCCCGUUACGGAGGCAGUGGCGCUUUUCAGGUCACCUGCAGCGCUCGCCACGCAGGUCAACGGCGUUCAUCCCGUCGUGUGUCAGCGCGCCGAUGCCCUAUACUACACCGUCGAGCGCGUGAACUCAACGCAGUGGCUGCCAUUUGACAAGCCUUUCUGCCUCCCGGCUGGGCGGUGGUGCGUGCAGGCCCGCUCCAUGCUGUACAGCGACGACAGCAGCAAAACGAUUGCGAAAGUCUUCACGGUGACGGUACUGUGA